AUGGCCGACGACAGCGCGCAGGCAACAACAUCUCAACCUCAACCUCAGCCUCAAACUAAUCCUCCACCGCAAACUACUUCUACUACAUCUCCCUUCCCUCCCCAGAACCAACAACCACCGUCACAACCACACCCAUCUCUUAAUCCCGACAAAGAUAAAAUCAUGGCUUCCGACUCAGCUGCAAACACCCCCGGUGCCGACUCCGCCGCUGCAACCCCCUCCGCCACCACUCAAGUCCGUCCCGGCGGCGCCCCGAUAAGAAGAUACAUGAAUGAGAAGAUAGUGCCUCAUCUUCUCGAUGGGAUGACGGUCGUUGCGAAGGAGCAGCCACCCAACCCCCUCCGCGUCCUCGGCGAAUACCUCAUCCAGAAGAGCAACGAGGUCGAACAGCAGGGUGUUUCGAAGACUCCGGAGUAG